UCUCCUCUUUUAUCACCACCUCUUCUUUAUAUUCCCCCUCUCUCUUCCAGAAUCUCUCAAAUUCAUCCUGAAUCCAACACGCUGCCGUUUUGAUAAAAUCUCAAUGCAAGAAGCCAUCCCUUACCGUUCCACUAAUCUUCCUCUUCUCGCCGGAAAAUCUCCCUCGCCGACGCCGUCUUUGUUACCUCGGUCGCCAGCGCGUGAGUCACGUGACGUGGCGAAAAUGGUGGAGGAGAAUGCGGUGAUUGUGUUCGGGAGACGUGGGUGCUGCAUGUGCCAUGUGGUGAGGAAACUGUUGUUAGGGCACGGGGUGAACCCGCCGGUUUUUGAGAUUGGGGAAGACGGAGGGGAGACGAUAAUUCACGAGUUGUCGCGAGUUGGAGGGGAUGAUGAUGGCGGUGGUAAGGGUGGAGUGAUACAGUUACCGGCUGUUUGUGGAGGGAAGUUGUUGGGAGGGUUGGAUAGGGUUAUGUCUGCUCAUAUCUCUGGUGAAUUGGUACCAAUUUUGAAGAAAGCUGGAGCUUUGUGGCUGUAAAUUAUUAUUUUUUUUAAUUUUUUUUUUCUCUUCCUUCUUUUUUUUUUUUUUGCCCUUUUUAUUUGAAUUUUGUUCCUGUUAUGUUGCGGGAAUAUACUAAUUUCUUUUAGAUUUUAAUUUCAUAAAAUAAAAAUGCUUAUAUAAAUAUAGUAAAAAUAACAUUAUAAUUUAAAA